ACCGUCGCCCUUGUUUCCCGCCUCGCCCGGGCAGGGCUGGGGGACGGACCGGUUCCUCCACCGGCGGGGGGCGGUGCUGGCGGCGGCGCUCGGUGUCGGCGGCGUUGGGUGGCGAUGGCUGCUGUUGUGGCGGCGCUGGUGGUGGCGCGGCCCUUCCGCCGCGGCCCCGCCUGCCUGGGGAGGCUGCUCCGGCGGGAGGCGGGAGGCGCGACGUGCGGCCCGUGGGGCCGGGGGGGGCCCGGCGCCCGCCGCGGGGCCGGCGGGAGCGAGGUGCUUACAAAAAGCCUUCAAAGGGGGGUUGCGCUUUCAACAGGGUGCUUUUUGGUUUAUGAAGCUCACAAGCUGAUUUCUGGCUUUGCUGAGGUUCACGCAAGCUUCAAAGUGGAAGAAGUUAUAGAGCAAGCAGACUACCUGUAUGGGAGUGGAGAAACUGAAAAGCUGUAUCGGUUGCUGGUUCAGCAUAAAAAUAGUGAUGACGCAGAGUUGUUAUGGCGGCUGGCGCGGGCAUCACGGGAUCUAGCUCAGCUUAGUAGUACUUCUGCACAGGAGAAAAGACAACUGGCGUAUGAAGCCCUUGAGUAUGCAAAAAAGGCACUUGAAAAAAAUGAAUCAAAUUUUGCAGCGCACAAGUGGUAUGCAAUUUGCCUCAGUGAUGUUGGCGAUUUUGAAGGAAUCAAGACUAAAAUUGGAAAUGCCAUUGUAAUCAAAGAGCACUUCCAGAGAGCCAUUGAACUGAAUCCAAAAGAUGCUACAACAAUUCAUCUUAUAGGCAUUUGGUGUUACUCCUUUGCUGAAAUGCCAUGGUAUCAAAGAAAAAUAGCUGCGACGCUAUUUGCCACACCACCAACCUCCACAUUUCAAGAGGCUCUUCAUUACUUCCACAUGGCAGAGGAAGCUGACCCAAAUUUCUACAGCAAAAAUUUGCUCUUUUUGGGGAAGACAUACUUGAAGUUAAACAAUAAAAAGAUGGCUCUUCUGUGGUUAAGCAAAGCGAAGGAGUAUCCUGCACAUACAGAAGAGGACAAACAGAAAACAGUAUCUGCACGAAGAGGAAGGCCAUCCAGGUACCAAGCAGAGAUUGUUGAGUGUUCAGAGAAGAGCAGCUGAGUUGCUUGCAGGAAGAAAGGAACAAACAGGAACCCAUGAACUACACGAUAGUUCCUUCAAGUCAUAUUACCUCACUGGCUCCCUCAUCUGAUCUCCAGCCUUUGCUGCCUUCCCUCUCUUCGCUAUCUUCCUCCCUCCCCCCAAGUACAGCUGAAUUAUAGGGAAUGCAAACAGGAAAAGAAAGAGUUGCAAUGCAGUAUUACUGAAAUUCCCAGAAAGUCUAAGUUAACUGUACGUGCACACGCACAAGUACAUAAGUCGUUAUGGGUUGUUUUUUUUUCCUCAAGAGCCAUGCUUUCAGUCAGCCCUUUGAAACCGAUUAAUAGAUCAUAUACAUGUACAGAAGGCCACUGGGUUUGGUUUUUUCCUUGCUUACUAACCCUUACCCACAGGAAAAACUAUUGCAGUUAUGAGACAGCUAAAAUUAUCAAAACAAUAAAGCAACUACAUUCUUGUGAUGU